UGGUCUGCCUGGCCGACAUCAACCCGGUCCCGUAAACACAACCGCAGCCGUACGCACCCAACCAGCGCUAUGGCGGCGCUGGGCGAGGAGCUCCUCAACAUUGUCAACAGGCUGCAGGACCUGGUCUUCAACACCAUUGGCAAUGAUUCCCUCGACCUGCCCCAGAUUGUUGUCGUAGGAUCACAGUCGUCGGGAAAGUCGUCGGUGCUCGAGAACAUUGUCGGCAAGGAUUUCCUGCCCCGUGGCAGCGGCAUCGUCACCCGCCGACCGCUCAUUCUCCAACUCAUCAACCUGCCCAGCGAGCGCGACGACGACGACGACGAUGAAGUCCACGUUCCCCACACGCCCGCGAGCGUUGCCGGCCAGCAGGAGUGGGGAGAGUUCCUCCACAUUCCCGGCCAGCGCUUCUACGACUUUGCCGACGUCAAGCGCGAGAUCGAGAACGAGACUUCGAGGAUAGCAGGAAACAACAAGGGCAUCAACAGGCAGCCCAUUAACCUGAAAAUCUACUCGCCCCACGUCCUGAGUCUGACGCUGGUCGAUUUGCCUGGUCUGACCAAGGUCCCCAUUGGCGACCAGCCUUCCGACAUUGAGAAGCAGACACGAAACCUCAUUACCGAGUACAUUGCAAAGCCCAACAGUGUUAUUCUUGCCGUCUCCCCCGCAAACGUCGAUCUGGUCAACUCGGAAGCCUUGAAGCUCGCCCGCCAUGUCGACCCCAUGGGCAAGAGGACCAUUGGUGUCCUCACCAAGCUCGAUCUCAUGGACCACGGCACAAACGCCAUGGACAUUCUCUCGGGUCGUGUCUACCCACUCAAGCUUGGCUUCAUUGGUAUUGUCAACCGAUCACAGCAGGACAUCCAGGGCAACAAGUCGCUCGCCGAUGCUCUGCAAGCCGAGCGCGAUUUUUUCCGAACCCACCCCGCAUACAGGAACAUGGCAAACCGCUGCGGUACCCAGCUCCUCGCCAAGAGCCUGAACCAGACGCUCAUGGCCCAUAUCCGCGACCGGCUGCCCGACAUCAAGGCUCGUCUCAACACCCUCAUGGGCCAGACGCAACAAGAGCUGGCAAGCUACGGUGAUGUCACCUUUACCGGAAAGGAGCACCGCGGCUCUCUCAUCCUGCAGCUCAUGACUCGCUUCGCUUCGUCUUUCAUUGCCUCCAUCGACGGUACCUCUACUGAAAUCUCGACAAAGGAGCUGUGCGGUGGUGCUCGGAUAUACUACAUCUUCAACUCCGUCUUUGGCAACUCGCUCGAACAGGUUGACCCGACCCAGAACCUCUCCGUCUUGGACAUUCGCACAGCUAUCCGCAACUCUACAGGUCCACGACCCAGUCUGUUCGUUCCCGAGUUGGCCUUUGACCUCCUUGUGAAGCCUCAGAUCAAGCUCUUGGAAAUCCCCAGCCAGCGUUGCGUUGAGCUCGUCUACGAAGAGCUCAUCAAGAUCUGCCACACCUGCGGCUCGACUGAGUUGACGAGGUAUCCCAGGCUGCAAGGCAAGCUGAUUGAAGUUGUCUCGGACCUUUUGCGAGAACAGCUUGGCCCCUGCUCAGGUUACGUCGCUUCUCUAAUCGAUAUCCAAAGGGCCUACAUCAACACAAACCACCCCAACUUCCUUGGGGCUGCUGCUGCCAUGUCGUCUGUCAUCAACGACAAGGAGCAACGGGAAAAGAAGAUUGCCAUGGAGGCUGAGAAGAAGAAGCGAGAGCAGAGGAGACUAAAAGAAAUGCAAAACGGUACCAAUGGAGAGGGCACAGAAGAGGGCGAAAAUGGCGAGGGUGCUACGCUCAAAGCGCUUCCUCUCCGAAAACAUCAAUCGCAAACCAGCCGCAGCAUGUCCCCGGCUGUCGGACGAAUGGUGAACGGAUCUCAGAGCACAACGGCAGCACUCAGCAGCCGCAACCGGUCACCUCCGGGCACGGCACGCGACAGCUUCCUCAACUACUUCUUCAGCAAAGACAGCAACACCGCAUACCCCAACCCACAAGUCGGAGCACAACAAAUGCUUGACAACCGGCCAGGCAGCCGACACGUCACCCAAAAUACCGAGCCCAGCUUUGCACAAAGCAUCCGGAGAGGUGAUAGCAAGCAGCCUGCCCAUGUCCUGGCCAUGAUGCCAGCAGAUGACGACUAUGAUGCGCCAUCAAGUACUGCUUACAGUGCUCCUCCUCAAAGCCCAAGCGUGGCAGGAGCAGGAGAGAACUUUGAAGGCGGUUUCCCUUCCAACCCCGAGCAGGCACCAGCCCUGACAGAGCGCGAAGCCCUUGAGACGGAGCUGAUCCGCCGCCUCAUCUCAUCCUACUUCAACAUUGUCCGAGAGACAGUUGCUGACCAAGUGCCCAAGGCUAUUAUGCAUCUCUUGGUCAACCACUCAAAGGACGUUGUACAAAACAGGCUCGUGUCGACGCUGUACAAGGAGGACCUCUUCCAGGAACUGCUGUACGAGGACGACACGAUCAAGGCUGAGCGCGAAAAGUGCGAGAAGCUACUCAAGACAUACAAAGAGGCUGCCAAGAUUGUUGGCGAGGUUUUGUAAAAGGUUAACGUGGUUGGAUAUAACGAAAUAGAAGGAUAUGGGCUCACUGUAGGUUUUUCAUGAUGUGCGACUACCCAGCCUUUACCCCUCCCGGCUGGCUGCCGGUAUGGAUGGGUCGGAUCAGUACAGGUCCGAGUAAGUGGCUUGUGGGGAUGGGUGAAGGCUACGAAGCGUUUGGAGGCCGAGGGCCGGCCAGGGUGAAGAAUGUCUUGGCACCUUUUCUUCGUCGCUUUUUAUUCCUACUCUUCUGCUGCCCUGCUAUGUUUUGGAUUGCCAAGGGUGGCAGGGCGUUUUACAAGGCUCUGCUUUUGGCUUGAUCUGAAAUGAGUGUAGCAUAGCACCUGCGCACGGCGGGGGCAAGGGUGGAGAUGAGACAUGUAUAGAAUAUAACGUCUUCCGACAUGUACACAGAGCGUGCCUCGGAAAAUCAA